GAUGGCCCUGACCCAUCGGUAAUCAUCCGAAGAUUCAAUACUUCUACGUAGGUACUGGAAUUCCGUAAUUUACAUGGUCAGGAACAUCCUUUCAUCAACCACCACGACUUUAUAUAUCAAUCCAAGGACUUCCUUUUGUGAGCCGCAAUCUAUUAUACCGAUGCCGACUGGUUGAGACGUCACUCCGUUUUCGCGUCGCUCGCUUCGCAUAAAUCAAAGUUUGGGGUCGUGUGCUUUUGGACGCUAUUCUAAGUGCUGACGACCGAGGGGAAGCUGACGAGGCGGAGGGAGGGAAUACUUGAAGCUAAGGGGCCCGGCCGGAGCAUAAGCACAAUCUCGCAACCGAAACCAUUAUUAUUAGGUAUGUUGCCCGUAUUGACUGAAUUUACCUACAGAAAUAGUUUAGGGACAGGGAUAUUGACAAUAUUUUACGUUGACUUCUCUGAUCCCUCAAACGUCAGUAAUUCUAUGUACGCCCCAUGCCAUCUCAAUUUCAUCUGAUCUAUUCCCAUGACUGAGCGAGGUCCAUUUGAAGUUUUUGUACUGUACGUGUUCUGAUGCAUCGUGAAGUAUACAGGACUCUCACAGGAGGAAUUGAGGAUACUUGAUCACAAACGAAAUCAGGAGUGCUGCGUUCACCCAAACAGCAGUGCACAUUUGAAAAAGCAUGCAUAUCUGAAUUUGCAAGCAUAUUGCAAACGAGAGAAAGAAUAUGGGAGUCAAACAGGCCCCGAAGCCCAACGAUCAAUUCCCUUUGUCUCAACUCUGGAACUUUUACAAAUCAUCCAUCCUCGCCUAUCCAAGUAAACUCUCUCCAACUGAACAAAGGUGCACAUUCCUCCGAUCUACAGUCCGUACCAAAAAGAAAUUAUCUCUGACCCGGAAAAACCAACAGCGAUUGAGCAUGUCUGAGACCCCUACUUCAUUUCUUCUCAAAUCAUGGUGAACUUCCGCCUCGUCUCCUCAGCCGAGGCACCCCAGACCGCAGAAGGAUCGAUUCUCUUCCUACCGCCAAGAGAUAUAAUACCGAAGGAUGCUUUUGUGGAUGAGGAAUUGAACGCGGGAGCCUUUAAUCACCCUGUGGUUGUGACUUCUUGUCCUUCCCCGAAGAAAAUUAAGCAUGAUUCGGUGGUUGAAAUUGCAAUUGUGAUUCCCCUCCCCCUCCUUUCCCUACCCUAUUUUGUUGACCUGGCUAAUUUGAACAAGAUGACAUCCUUCAACAACACUCUCCUGAAGAAAUACCUCGCACAAAAAGGUAUCGUCGUCGCAACCAACUCUCUUGCUGCGCAAAAAGGGGGUUAUUUACGUGUUGUCACGGCUUCGAAACCUCAUAGUGCCGAUACUUUGAAAUGAGGGGUGGUAAGGGGAUGAAGAGGGAUUGUUCGUAUGUUGGCGUUAGGCGGAGUUAUAAGAUCAGCUUGAGGGCCUUGGCAAAGUACGGGAAUCACAACGAGGAGGUCGAUGCUUAUCGAUUGACGGCUCAUGCUACGAGAGCUGUUAAUGAAGCAAUUGGGACUUGGAAGGAGAAAUGUCUGAAAGUGGAGAAGAAGUCGGAGAAAGCAAGGGAAAAGAAAUUGGAGAAGCCGAAGAAGGAAUUUGAGAAGGAAGGCGGUAAAUUGGUGGCAAAGAAAACAGGCAAAACAGAGGGAAAAGAAACCAAGAAGAUUCCCGACACACCAAAAGCCAAGAUCGCCAAAUCAACUCUCGAGAUUACACAGAAAGGAAAGGUGGUGAAAGUCGCCAAAACCAAGCCAUCCAAAAACAAGGCCGGUGACAAAUUGGUGGGAAAGAAGGUGGGUGAGCCAAAAGAAAAGGAAGUCAAGAAAUCUCCAGUUUCACCAAAACCUAAACCCAUGAAGCAAUCCCUCAAGGCGACUGAAAAGAAGACGGUAGCAAAAAGUACGAAAGAGACAGCCCCAGAAGGCGACAUCAAAAAUACCAAAAAGAGUGCUACCAACCUAGGAAAUGAACAGGCUGCCCUCUCUGCUGUCUCAAAAACGAAUAAGGCCAUUCCAGUCAAAGCAAGCACGAAACAAGAUACCCGGAAGAAUACAGAUAAUAAGAUCAAGAAAACUAAGGAUGCACUACCUAGACGAAAGAGUUCUGCCAGAAUCGCGGCGAUAGAGAAGAGGAUGAAGGAUUUAGUAAUGUUGGAUGAACUUUGA